AUGUAUAAUCAACAAGACUUGCGGCUCCAACUAGCCAUCCCCGACACAACGACGACUGUUUCCGAAGGAGACUCUACACUCCAGGCUUCAACACCAAGCUCAACAACGACGCUCGUUUUUGAUGGAGACUUUAAGCUCCAAACUUUGACCCCCAGCUCAACGACAACGGCUAUUUUUGACGGAGACCCCACGCUCAACGUGGCUACCUUCAGCUCAACAACGACGCUUGUUUCCGACGGAGAAGACUGCGAGAAGUCGAUCCCUGACGCACAGCCGUCAAUCCCGCCCGCGGACCAUGGCAAGGAUGCGUGGCUGUUCUUAGCAGCAUGCUUUUUCGUGGACGCUUUAGCUUGGGGCUUCCCCAACUCCUUUGGCGUCUUUCAAGAAUACUACAGCGGACACGCGUCGUUUGCUGGUUCGGCAAUGAUCCCAGUUAUUGGAACCUGUACCCUGGGCAUAAUGUACUGCACUAUGCCACUUAUCAUGGGAUUCCAGCGGCUCUACCCACGGUUCGGGAGGUGGUCACCUGUCAUCGGUCUGUCCAUCAUGAGCAUUUCUCUCGGCGUCGGCUCUUAUUCGCAAACAACAACGCAUUUGAUGGUGUCGCAGGGAAUCUUCUUUGCAAUUGGCAGCUCCAUUCUAUACUGUCCCUGUCUCUUGUACCUGGAAGAAUGGUUCAUUGAGCGAAAAGGGUUGGCAUUUGGGGUUUUUCUAUCCGGUACUGGCUUAUCGGGAUCCGUACUCCCUUUGCUGCUUGAACAUUUCCUAGGCCGCCAUGGCUUCCGCACCACACUACGGAUAUGGGCGGUCUCGCUGGUGGUUCUAACUGUGCCGUUAGCAUACUUCAUCAAACCACGAUUGCCAACCGUAUCGACUUCGCACCUUCGACCCUUUCGGUUUGGAUUCGCUCUGAAUCGGACUUUCAUACUAUUCCAAGCGUCAAACAUUUUUCAGGCUCUUGGAUACUCCCUCCCAUUGGUAUACCUACCGACAUAUGCCCGUGCCAUUGGUGCGAGUCACUUUCUUUCAGCUUUCACACUCGUACUCGUCAACUUCGCAUCGAUGAUCGGCUGCGCUGGAAUGGGUGUGUUAACGGACCGCUACCACGUUACGGUGUGCUUUUUGAUAUCGGCUGUCGGAUCAACACUUUCAACGUUUCUAGUGUGGGGAUUUGCGACAGAAAUACCGACACUGUUUUUCUUUUGUGUGUUGUACGGACUUUUUGCAGGGUCAUACCCCUCUGCUUGGCCAGGGAUCCCGCGGCAUAUGUCUGAGUCGACGGCGAAGAAAUGGAAUCCACACAAUGAUGGACAAGCAGGCCUUGAUUCGACCAUGGUUCUCGGUGUUCUUUCAAUAGGCAGAGGUAUUGGUAGCACUACCUCAGGACCUCUUAGCCAUGCACUGAUCAACGGGCUGCCAUGGUUUGAGGAGGUUUAUGGCGGUUAUGGAACGGGCUAUGGGCCUCUUAUUGUUGUGUCGGGAGUAUGUGCAAUUAUUAGCGGCAUGAGCAUUCUCUGGUGGAAGCUCAAAUGGAUUUAG